AUGAUUCAUAAUAAGGGCCGGCCAGGUGGUGAAAAUGAGCAGGGAGUCUCGCUGCGGAAAGUCUUCUCUACUUCUAAAGUGAGCGUAAGCUUAAACUCAGUCAAUCACCACUUAUUAAUUUGGGCAGACUGCCUUGAAGACACGCGGGCUCUCUGCGUGGAGAAACGUUGCUGCUGUUACUGCAAAAUGAGGGCGCUGUGUUUGAACUUUGCCAUCACCUGUCUGUGGCUUCUCCCUUCAGCGGUCCAAGAAACAGCCAAGCCCUUGGAGUUUCAGAGCCAACAAUGGAGAGAGGAAGAAGGAGUCGCAGGAGAUACUGUGGGAGCUGAUUUGAAAGUUAAACAUAUCUUCAAAGACCUACAGAUCAUCUCCACCAAACAAAAAACACCUGCUUACGGCUCUCUCGGCCCGUACGGAUGGCCACAGAACUUUUCCCAAGCCCUUGAUCAGUAUCUGUACCGCCCCCCUCCUAAAUCCAAACCGGCGGCAAAAACUUCCCCAAAGACCAAGAAGAUCCUGGGCUGGGGCAAUUUUUACUUUAACGUGAAAACAGUGAAGUUCAGCCUCCUGGUGACGGGGAAAAUCGUUGACCACAUCAACGGCACAUUCAGCGUCUACUUCCGCCACAACUCGUCCCGUCUGGGGAACAUAUCCGUCAGCAUCGUCCCACCCUCCAAAGCGGUAGGAUGGGAGGUUUUGGAUCCAGCGGCUCAGGGCGUUCACACCAAAGCCUUGGUCUUGGUUCCAGAUCUGACCUCCCAGUUCCAGAGCCCACCUCAGUCCACCAGCUCUACUCCUCCCGACCAUCAGAAGCUGCAGCAGGACAUGAUGAUGGUGACCGAACUCAACUGCCGGAUCGAAUACCAGAGAACCAACCGGUCCAAGAAGACCAAGCCCUGCAUGUAUGACCCGGGGCAGACCUGCUACUCAGAAAACACCCAGUCCCAAGCAGCCUGGAUCUGCGCCAAACCGUUUAAGGUUAUCUGCAUCUUCAUCGCUUUCACCGGCACCGACUACAGGCUGGUGCAGAAAGUCUGUCCGGACCACAAUUUUCAGACAGAGCAAAACCAGCAGCACUUCGGAUGAUCAAUUCUGAGAUAUCAUACAC